UCAAAACAGCAAGCAAAUGAACGCUACAAUUUUAAUUUAUCAAGCUUUUUUAUUAUAUUUUAAAAUAAAUUAAACUUAAGAAAAAUGUCACAACAUUUGAAAAUGUCUCACGAACUCAAAAAGAAACAUGUGCCCAUAAAUUUGGCACGUAAAGCCCAACGAGAACGACGCAUACGAAAUGGUGGCAUUGGUAGAAAUCGCAAAAGGAAUCGAAUGAAACGUUUGCGUAAAAAGAAAAAACAGAAUUUUGAACUCAGCGAACUAGAGACAUUGGUGAGUGCUACGGAAAAUCAUUUAAAGGAGAUACUGGCGAAUGAUGAACAAUUGUCGGAUAUACCUUAUGAUGUUACGCCAGAGGAGUUGCAAGGAGAGCUGGCUUUGGCUCAAGGUGGUGGCACCACUAUCUAUAUAGAACGUGAUGGCCUCUCAACAUUAACAGUGGUACUCCCACAAGAAAACCCCACAAUUGCUCAAUUGAAAAGAGCCAUUGAGGCACAAGCACGUGUACAACAGAAACGAGAGUUAAGAGAACGUUAUGAAGAGCGUAUACGACGUAGAGGUCUGAGCGGAACAGCCGAAACGAUCGUUGAAGAGCAUAAACAUAAACAAGUUAAUAAAUCAACAAAAAAUAACCUAGGAAAGCCGCAAUACGCAACCGGGGAGUUAGUUUGUUCGGCAACACACAACGGACACCAACAUCGACCAAAUGUUAGUUGGCGUUUCCUAUGGCGUGCUUAUAUUUUAUUUAAUAUCGCAACGCAAACGUUUGUUGAAGAUAAAAACGGGCGCAAGUUAUUGAAAGAAUGCGGCAUAGAAAAUGCACAAACACUCAAGUUUUAUAAACGGGACAAAUAUUUCGGAAAGAAACGUCAGUGAUUGAAUUAGUUUCCUAUAAUAAUUAAAUUAAAUAAUUUAUUAUAAAAAAAAA